CAGUGCUGUGUUGCUGCGCCGGCCCCCAGCUCACAUUACACACUAUUUAUAUCCUCUCUUAGUUGUUUCCCCCUUAAAGCAGCUCCAUGGGACCACCUCUGCUGCCUUUAACCUCUCCUACUCUUGACAUCGGAGUAGCUCACAGAAAGCUCAUCUUGGUCAGUGUACAGUGGUUGAAGCAAAAAGAGGAGACAGGCCACCAGGCUGAAGCCCUGGAUUAUCUGCUCUGCGCUGUGAAGAGCCUGCCACCGCCACUGCUGCCACCAUUCGGGGGAAACUAUCAUUUUACAGUGAAAAGUGACAGCCUUGUGGAGUUUAAUCCCUGGUAACUCUGCUGCUUGCAACUUGAACCUUGCAUGCCAUGGAACACACACUGUUUGGCUGCCUACGCAGCCCCCAUGCCACCUCACAGAGCUUGCACCCUUUUGCCCAAUCUUCGCUGGCCCUCCAUGGAAGAUCAGAUCAUAUGUCCUAUCCUGAUUUAUCCUCGUCUUCGUCCUCUUGCAUAAUUGCUGGCUACCCUAACGAGGAGGGUAUGUUUGGAAGUCAGCAUCACAGAGGGCAUCAUCACCAUCACCAUCAGCAGCAGCAGCACCACCACCAAAGCUUGCAAUCUAAUUGGCACAUUCCUCAGAUGUCCUCACACCUGGCCUCCACCCGACAUAGUCUUUGCCUUCAGCAGGAAUCUGGACCUCCGCAACUGGGAAGCAGCCCCCCUAUAUUGUGUUCAAAUGCAAGUAACCUGGGCACUAAUAGCUCGUCUGGCUCAGCUUGUGUGAGUGGGGACUAUGGCAGGCAGACCCUCUCCCCUUCUGACACAGAAAAGAGGUCAGGCAAAAGGAAAAGUGACAGCUCAGAUUCCCAGGAAGGAAGCUAUAAAUCGGAUGUAAAUAGUAAACCGCGAAAGGAGAGAACGGCCUUCACGAAAGAACAAAUACGAGAAUUGGAGGCGGAAUUCGCUCAUCAUAACUACCUGACCCGGUUGAGACGAUACGAAAUAGCUGUAAACCUGGAUCUUACGGAAAGACAGGUGAAAGUUUGGUUUCAGAAUCGCAGAAUGAAGUGGAAGCGAGUGAAGGGAGGUCAGCAGGGAGCCGCCGCACGAGAAAAAGAACUGGUCAAUGUCAAAAAAGGAACUUUACUACCAUCUGAGCUUUCGGGGAUUGGAGCUGCCAACCUUCAGCACACAGUUGACUCACUAGCCAACGACGACAGCCGAGACAGCGAUCAGAGCUCGGAACACGCUCACUUGUGAUCCUCAUAUGAAAGAGACUAUAGUUUCAUUCUCAGGAAAGAAAAGAACGUGGCCUGGACUGGCUCUAUCAAAUGCUUCAAGCCCUGAGAUUCUCGGGAACUACUUAUGUAUUUUUGCCCUGGAUUAGAAAAACGUAGAAGCUUUCUUCCACAGGUUGUUGGUGGUAUUGCGGAUCAAUACCCGAUGUUCAGGUGUGGCACUAUUUUUGGAAGAUAGCAACCAUGUUUUUCUUAUCCAGGGCAAACCCUUUAAGGUCUUCUAUGUGAUUCUGUAACAGUGAAUGGGUCCAGGAGUCAGGACAAGAAUCAGAAAUGUAGGAAGUUGCCACAGUAUAGUAAUGUAUUGAGGCACAGCUAGCUACCUGUUUCUUUACCUGGGCAAAUAUUCCCUUUUAUGCCCUAUUCCUGUAUCCAAAUACCAUGGGAAGGCAGAGGGCAUUUCUAGACACCCAACAUCCAGGUCACAUGCGGACCAUCCCCCCAACUACACCUUUGGCUCCUCUCUAGGGGGGUUUCAAUAUCAGAAAAGGGGCAAAAGUCAAGUGAAGCAGUUGAUUAUACCAAAUAGGUUGCAAAAAUAAGAACUAUAAUUUGACCAGUUGCCAUGGGCAAUGUCUAGACUUUCCUCUUGCACCAACGACUCAAAUUAUAAUGUGAUGCCUGAAGAGGCAAUACUAGGGGUGUAAUAGUCCCCUAUAAUGCCAAACAGAGGGUGGGAACUUCAGGAAUCCCAAGGCCAUAUUCACACUUUGAAAUAUAUGGUAUGUGACAAGAAAGUAUCCAGAGGUCCUCUUUCACCUGGUGUUUCCCGAAAAUGUCUCUCUUUCAAGUAUGCCUGUUCCAGUAGGUAUUGCCAUUUUUUUGGGGGGUAUAUUGGAUGGCAUGGUAGACAACAGCAUUCCAUGCAGUGGAAUGCAGUAAAAUAAUGUAUACCACACCAUAUAUGGCGUCCUAUGAGCUACAUACGGUAUGCCACUAUAUGCCUCAUCAGAGCCUUUCGUCAGAGGUAUGCAUUGGCAAAUCUUCCCAGUGGAUGGCAAUGAUGAAGUGUGAACAGAACCUUAGAAAUGGCACAGAUUGCAUCACAUGAUCCCUUUCAAAGCUUCUGACUAGUUGAGAGGGAUCAAAUGAUACCCAUCCUCCACUUGGAGACCACCUUUAACUGGCUGCAGAUGCCACUCCACAUAUUCUGGAGAUGGUUUUGUUCCUAGGCUACACUGUUCCCAAAUUCCGAGCAAUCGUUAAGCUUCCAAAAUGCUUUUCAGUCCAUGUGCUCAAGAGGGUGUGAUCCUCAAUGGCUAGAGACUGAGCUCUGGUUCACUCAUUGUUGAGAAUGAUACCACCUUGACAUUGCAUAGCCACAAUAGCAUACUGGGAGCUGAAACUACCAGCAACAAUUGCUUGGGAAUUGUUUGUCCUAGAAAAACAAAAAAAACUGUUAUGGGAUUUUUAGGUGGUAGGUAAAGCCAGGUAACGUGGUCUAUCAUUGUUGGAGGAUGUGACAUCCUCUUUUAGCUCCCUUGGUUGACACUUUUGGGGGCUGUUUAUUAAGGGAAUUACACCCUCUGGUAGAACUCUACUAGGCAAUUACAUUAAAUUCCUUAUUUUUGAAGUUUGCAAUAGAGACAGUUUAUCUAGAAAAGGACUUUUUAUCCAUGCUAAACUGCGGACAGCACUAGGUAGGGGGUGAGGAGUGCAGUACAAACAUACAUUUUGUGGAACUCCUAUCUGGAGUAGUGUGAACAUGAAGUUGUAUUCUGCUAGAUUCUGCUCCUUUAAGGGGUUUCCAGUUUUUGGAGAUUUUUAAACAGAAACCUGCUGCAUGUUGCUCCCUGUCACUUCUUCACAGUUCCAACAAUGGUGCACUUCGUUUGUUCAGUGGUGUGGGGCACGCGUCCCAGAUCAAUCUCCCAUGUAAGCUAUACAAGACAAGACCUGCACUCACUGGAUGCGAUAUCUUUCUUUUAUUUGUUACAUGAAGAACAACUGUUUUGGCUCGUAAGGUGAGCCUUUCUCAAACAGACCAGACAGGUCUGUUUGAGAAAGGCUUACCUUACUAGCCGAAACGCGUCACAGUUGUUCUUCAUGUGACAAAUAAAAGAAAGAUAUCGCAUCCAGUGAGUGCCAUUCUUUACAGUUCCCUGGUUUCCUUCUCUGGACUUCCAAUCCAUUUUUGUAAUCUUGUGGACAGAUGGGUUCAUGUAGCAAAUGAAGUGCCUGCCUCAGUAUGACCUGACCCCAAGCCCCACAUGACCCAUCAGUGAUCUGCUGCUUGGAGAUACCUCUCUACUGAGUCUAGUCAUUGGCCGCAUGUGACACCAUCUGUUUAGAAGUUUGCAAAACACAGACCUAAGGACUAGAAAAAGGAGCCAGGGAGCUGGAGCAGGGCAGUGGGGAGCAACAUGCUGAAAAGGGUUAUUAAAAAUGUCCCCAAAACUGGACAAAUCAUUAAAGGAGCAGAAUCUCGCAGAAUAAAACUUCACAUUCACACUACCCCUGAUAACUUAAUUUCCAAAAAAGGUAUGUUUUUUCCCAGCUCAUACUUGUUGCUGUCAGCGGUUUAGCAUGGUCAAAACUGCUGGCAGACUCCCUUUAAAUGUAAUGUAAUGUAGCACAACUGUGGAUACAGAUCAGACUAUGGAAGAAACAGGGAUGGGCGUAUCUUUGCCAGAUAACCUUGUCUCGGCAAUGAUGGGUAAUUAAAUUGAUUUGGAACAUUCCAAUUCUGUAAAAUAUUUUCACGAUAGUGACUAUGGGCUGGAAAUCUAGCUUUCAAUUGCACUGAUGUUAACACAAAAUUCCCUUAGUAGUCAACAAUUUUUGUCAUGGAAUGUGUGUCUAUAGAAUUUUCAUAAAGCUCUUGUUCUCUGUUAUAGAUUUUUGGUAAAAAAAAAAAGAGUUUAAACAACUGUAAAAGGUUAUGUCCAGGGAUUGUGUGCUUUAAAGAGGUUGUCCAACUGUGAAAAACUCUAAGGGGCAGAAUAACGUAAAAAAGUAAAGAAAGAAUACUAAUCUGACUGGUCCCACUAGUCACUCCCAUUUGGAGACCUUCUGAGUCUCCCCAGUGGUCUCUACUUUCUGGUCCCUCUUGAUGUGAUCUUCCAGCCAGCCACCAACUGAGCCUGUGAUUUCUUGUAUCGAGAGGGUCCAAGAAAUAGGGACUGGCAAGUGACCCAGGAAACACUGGAAAGAGCAGUGAAGAAUCAGUGAGAAUUUUUUCAUUUUUUUUAUUUUAUUUUCCAAUUGGACAACACUUUUAAGGUACCUUAACUGUUUGGAUUUUUCAUAGAGAAUAUAAUGGUGAUAUAUUAUUGCUGUAUUCUCUGAGAAUGUAAAAACAUAUUUUAAAGGGGUUUCUCACUUUCUGAUCAGUGGGGGUCUGACUCAUAAUAAAGGGGCUGCAGACCUAGGUGAGCAUUGAGGUUCUGUCAAAGUUUUUUUUUUUUUUUUUUUUUACCUGCAUAACAAAAGCUGCCCCUUUGUUACCAAAGGUUGGACCCCCAAAGAUCAUGUAGUGAGGGCAUAGCCUUAGCAAUAUGUCACCAUGUCUUAAGAUGGAAUGGUCACAAGGAGACAUCAAAAGAUUGUCUACUAUCCCUUUAAAAAUAAAUUUAUACUGUGACCUAAAUUAUCAGACAACAAUAUUCAUGGCACUUUCUAUAAAAUAUAUCUAAUGGUCUUUUAGCCAAUAAGAAACAUCCACAACAGUGCCACCUAUAGGUGAUAAAAUAAAGCAAAAUGGAGUCCAUUUCUUACAUUUUAUGCAUUUCCUAAAGAAAUGAGAUUUAGUUUUUCACUUGGAAACGUCCUAGAAAUUUUUUCAGAUCUCACAUCUUGCAAUUUUUUUACAUCAUCCAAAGACAAUCAACCAUUUUCAUUUCACUUGGUCUCGGGUUAUCCCUGUAUAGAUUUUAUUUAAUUUUCCUCCUAAACUCAACCAAAGAGAAUGAAGAUUGGCCAAUAACCAAUUAGAGUCGUCAGACGAUGAAAAAACUAUACAUAUAGGGUUUAUCCAUUUUUGGACAGCAACUUGAUCUGUAUGAACUAUACUUCCCACCUAUAGAGCAAAUGUUAUCUCUAUUCUAGCACUUGUGAUGGUGGCCUAGUGGUUGGGAUAAUCAUAGAAACACCAUCCCAUACCCAUGACCUAGUAGCAUUGCCACACUACCUUCUCAAUUCCAGAACAUUUCUCCAAGAUCUCUAAGGGUAGUCAAGAUCAGUGGAUCCAUGUUUAAUAAGAUUCCACUUUAGUUUUGCACUUAAAUGUUACUAAAGUACGUUAAAGAGGGUUCUCGAUGGACAUUGAUGUCUAGUACCUACUGUGGUCUGGUGAUGGAGCUAUUUGUAGAUACUCUAUGAGUCAUUUAGAUCACAAAGGUUAUCUAGUGGCUUUGAAAGCUUCAUGUAAUGAAGAUCAUCAUACUCUCUUAAGGUAUCUCACAGAGGAACUUUGCCAAGCUUUGACGGAGGACUUGUGAGGACUUGGAAAUGAUCCUUCCCGAAUAAAUGCUGAUUAUAAGUUCCUUGUAUCCAGUUAAAUAUUACAAAAUUAUGUUAAAGAGUAUUCUAGAUAAUGAACAUUGAUAUCCAGAACCUACCUGGGUUUGGUCAUGGAGAUAUUCAUAGCUACUCUAAAAGUAAUUUCUAUCACAAUGGUUCUUCUAGUGGCUUUAACAUUUUUAUAAAUUCUAAAUUCCUGGAUUCCAGUUUAGGUAUGAAAGUGGUUUUACUUCAAACAGUGAUUUCAUUGAUCACAACUGGUAUGGCUAUUGGGGGUGCAGAGCUAGCAGUCACACUUCAUCCCCUCUGCUACAUGAGAAGACAUUUAAUAAUUGACACAUGGUAAGUGGAAAGGCUCUGCUCCAGAUUUUGGGGAAAAAAGUAACUUAAUUAAUGUUGCUUGGGCAACACUUUCCUAUUUUAAUACAUUUGUGAUGGACAUACUAAACAGACUGGUGGGAUAGAUAUUCCAAUUUCUGGGAUCUACCCAGGUUUCUAUAACAUAUGUAGUUUGUUCAGUUUGGAAGUCAUAGCUGGGAUACAGGGAAAAAUAUUCCUUAUUUGCAAGAAAGUGGUGAAUGUGUUGUUGGCCUAAACCUGACCACCCCACACUCUCUUGUAUGAAUUGUGAAAAUGUUGCUUCUAAUUUGGGGACCUUCUUUAGAAGCCAGGGACUUUGCUUAGGAAUUCUGGUCUCCAGGCAGUGAGAUACUGUAUUUGGUUUACAUAAAGGGAAUUACAAUUUGCAAUCUUUUCUGGACUACAGUAUGGACCGCCAAGGUUGUACUUUGGCUAUGUGUAUAUAUAUGUAUGCAUUAGAAACCGACUUUCAUUUACCAAGAACAUGGACAAGACAAGACACAGAAAAAAAUUGUUUGUACUUUGUUCAAUAAAAGAAGCAUUCUUUUUCAUUACAA